AUGCAUAAUUCCGUUAACAAGAAGCCUAUGGAUGAGACCGUGGGUUUAGAUUCCAUGCUUCAAAAGGUCUGGAGAUGCAUUGAAGACAAGAGUCUGAGAGUCAUUGAUUCUACAGAGGAUAUUGCCUUUAAAAUAUACUGUAGGCUAGUAAAGAGAAAGUUUUUGUUAUUGUUAGAUGAUAUAUGGGAACGGCUUGAUCUCAACCUUGUAGGAAUUCCUCUUCCAAAUGAUAAGAAUGAGUCCAAAGUAAUAUUUACAACCCGAUCAGAGGACGUUUGUGGCCUCAUGGGAGCUCAGCAAAAUAUCAAGAUAGAGUGUUUAACACAAGAAGAAGCCUUACGUUUGUUUCGGAUGAAGGUAGGUGAAAACACUUUAAAUUCUAAUCCACGUAUACCGAAGCUUGCAAAAGUUAUGGCUGCAGAAUGCAAAGGCUUGCCGCUAGCUCUGGUCACUGUUGGGCAUGCAAUGGCUACUAGGAAGGAUCCAGAAGACUGGGAGUCUGAAAUAGCCACAUUGAGGAACACUCCUUCAGAGUUUCCAGGCAUGGAUUCUGUUCUGCUUCCUUUGAAGAAAGAAGAACUCAUUGAAUAUUGGAGACAAGAAAGGUUUCUAGAUAAAUAUGACCGUGACAGAGAAUAUAUAAUCAAAAGUUUGAAGCAUGUAUGUUUACUAGAGAGUGCUGAAUCAGAAGAGUUAAUUAGGAUGCACGGUUUGGUUCGUGACAUGGCCUGGUGGGAAUGUAAAGACAAGGUUGCAAUAUUCAUCAAAAGAGAUGCUGAGUCAGAUGAAGAACGCGGAUUAAGAAUAUGGAAUGGAGUAGAAAGGUUGUCUUUGUGGGAUUAUAGUAUAGAUGAUGUCCUCAUAAAUUCUUCUCCGUCAUGCAUAGAACAAUUCUGCGAAAAUGUCACGGAGUUACCAAAUCUCCGUACUAUGAUUUGUAAGGUUCCAAUGUUAACAACAUUUCCAGCUGGGUUCUUCCCUUCGAUGUCUGCUUUGGCACUCUUGGAUUUGUCAAAUAGUUUUCUCUUACGUGAGUUACCCCCGGAGAUUGGUAAAUUAAUCAACUUGGAAUAUCUUAAUGUCUCUCAAUCCGCUAUCAUAACAUUGCCGAUUGACCUUGGACAAUUGGAAAAAUUAAGGUGGUUAUUCAAGGUUGUCACUCCUUGUCAGAUGCUGGGAUGCACGGACGCGACUCCGGACCUAGCGUACUUGCGUCCAACGCGGCAGGACGCGGCGACGCGGGAGGGACGCCGCAGACUGCGCGUCCAUGCCGCGUCGUGCCACGUGGAUUUCCUGACUCGCGCCGACGCAGCUCAAAUCGGCGCCGACUCGCGCUGA